GACACUUGACAACAUAAAACACCAGAAAUUAAACCACCGAAGCGACACGUAGCGUCAUUCAACAAACAGAAAGUUAUUGAUUAACGACAAAGUUAAAUCUGUUGUCGCCGUCGUGAGCUUUGUCUCGUUCUCAUCAUCGUCGCCUUCGCAACUGAACAUCUUCACAAUCACCGCAACAAUGGACACAUCGCACCCCGACCUGUUUGACGAGAACAGUCACCUCCCAUCGAGACUGGUAGCGCAAAUCCAGCAGGGAAAUCUAUCUGCCGUCCAGGAAUCAUAUGCCUCAUCACGGUCCACCUCCCUCCUCACCCGCAUCGCCGAGCAGGCUACCCGGCACAACCAGCCCGACAUUCUCUCGUGGGCAUUUACCCAGGGCCUCGUCGUGGCAGUGGCCUCUACAUACACGGAGAAUAUCAUGGAUAGCAGGAUCUACUCCUUUGCAUGCUUGGCUCGCUCUCUGCCGAUAUGGAAGAUGCUCGUCGCGCAUGGAAUGCCCAUCGCGCAGCACCACGACGAGAGCCUGGGCGAUAUAAUCAGCACAUCAGUGUACGACCAGGACAUUGAUAUUAUGCAGUUUGCCCUGGAAAAUGGAUGUAAACCAGACGAAGCUUUUGGUUACGACAGUAUCAGCCCCGGAGCCACGGCUGUUAAGAGUGGCAAUGCGGCCAUUCUACGACUUCUGCUACAGUACGGCUGGACGCCGGCUGCGUUUGAUGGCGCCCAUAUUGCGGCAGCAGAGAUGGGCAAGAUGGAACUUUUAAGGAUUCUAGUGGAAGAAGGCAAGGCUAAUCUGGAAGAGGCCGUCAUGUGGUGGGCUGGCGGCGAGGAGGAUGAGAUUGGCACGGCGUUGUAUCGCGCAGCACGCAAGGGACAGGCAGACGUUGUAGAGUAUCUACUGGGACGUGGAGCUAAUGUCGAGUAUAAAGAUGGUUCAGGGAGAGGAGUAGACUGGGCAGCAAAGGAGAGCGGGAAGGAGCAAGUAAUCCAGUUGGUAGCAGAUAGUUUGGCCAUGUAACGAAUGA